AUGACUGGAGUGGCAGCAGCAGCUUCACUAGCUGAACAGGCUACGAGUUUCACGGAAUGGAAAUCAAGAUUGCGCCAUUGGCAACGAGGGCAUUCAAGCGUGCCGCUGACGUCGCCGUCGAGCUUCCAUACCUGUCCCGACCUGUCCUCGCUGCAGAUAUCGCGACCAGACUCAGCAAGCAGAGCAAGUGUUGGCGCAUCCGACAGCGGCGAGCGGGAAACAGCGACGGGGCUACCCCGCUGCCCCUCUCCAGAGUCGCUCGCCCUUCGCAGCAGAUCUCGGAAACUCGCAUCGACUGGGAAGCGGGCGUCGAAAAAGGCGCGCAGCGUCCUGGGUCGGGUUCGCGCCUUGCAGAGGUCUGCUGCGGCUAAGAUGGCGCCCUCGCCGAUCAAGAUCGAUACCAAUGUUGCAACAAAGCGUGGGCGUUCGCAGGACAGCGAUGAGAUCCCCGCGGACUCGUUGAUCGUCGACCAGGGAGCAAGUGCACAGCGGCCUCACAGCAAUGUGCCUCUACCUCCGUUCCUCUGCCAGUCAUAUUCAGAAAUCCACGAGAAGUUUGAUGAACUCGAAUGGCGUCAGAGACGUCGCGUCCACGAGGGAACCACUGCCAACGAUGGAUCGCACCGCUGGGCGCUCGAAACAGGCCCCGAAGCAAAGGCGCGGAACCGCUACAUGAACGUGUUGGUGUGGGCGAACUCUCGGAUCCGUCUCAAGGUGCCCGAGGGCGAGAGUGAUUUCAUCAAUGCGUCUCCGAUCGUGUUGAAGGCUUCCACUCAGGGUGAGGAGAGGAGAUAUAUCGCAACGCAGGGUCCCGUCACAGGACAAAUCGCGUAUUUCUGGCACAUGGUCUUCCACGAGAGCAAGGAAGAGGCAGUAGUAGUGAUGCUGACCCAGACCGUCGAAGCUGGCAGGGAGAAAUGUGCUCAGUACUUUCCCUUGGACCAGGAAAAACCCACCAUCGAUUUACAAAUAGAGGAAGAGGAUCCCUUUAUCAACGACGAGGCGCGUGACAAGGUCAAGGAAAGCAUGAGUGGCAGAGUCACUCUGCUGGAAUCUCACUGGGACGAAUCCUGUCGCUCGCAGGUCCGCAAGCUUGAACUCACGAUAGGCUCGGAGUCAAAGAUUGUCUGGCAUUUCUUAUUUGGGGGUUGGGCGGAUUACUCCAAGCCUGAAGGCGAGGAUCGCCAGGCUCUUCUCGAGCUCCUCAAGGCCUCUGAAUCCAAAUCUACCACCCCAGAUAACCCUCGUGUGGUGCACUGCAGUGCUGGCGUUGGGCGCACCGGCACGUUCAUUGCUCUGGACUAUCUUCUGAAGGAACUCGACUCCGGAGCGCUUCUGGAGAUCAGUGAUCCCCAGGUAGACCCCGUCUUCGACACGGUCGAUCACAUGCGUGAACAGCGGAUGAUGAUGGUGUACAAUGAGAUGCAACUGCUGUUCAUCUACGAAGUUAUCAGGGAACAAGCCGAACUGAGGUUGGGUCACGGCAAGGAGAACGACGGUCGGACGGGUUCCAAGGAUGGCGAUCCAGAUAUUAGAUCUCCUAAGAUGGCGAGGCUAUCCUCCGAUUCGGAUUACAGGGCAGCCGAGAAGCCAGAGCUACAGCCUGUCUGA